GUCAACUCCUCGGUGACGAUCCUAAGGCAUGCAAAUCCCCUCACUUUCGUCAUUAUCCAGUUAGCAGAUAUGCAUAUUGCCUUAUUCUUUCGCCUUGUUGCGACUAUAACGAGAGUUACGCAACGAUCCUGCAACAGCCCCUGCUCGGCUCAGUCCAAGCAGCUGGAUUCUUGCGACCUGUCAUUUCUGGCGAAUCUCAGAUCCUCGGUCAGCAAUUCCAAGAUAGGCACCGCGCCAAUGCAACCCCGCGGCAAUUGGCCAGGUUGGCCAGGUUGGCGAUGGAGCGGGCUCCCAGGUGAUCGAUUUGAGCUUGGGCUGGGAUGGCAAUCGGGUUGCUCACCCAGCUUCCCAAGGACCAAGGUUGCAGCGGUACCUUGCAGGACGUAACAGAAAUGCUGGGUACCCCCACCAUGACGCUGACCAUGAAAACUUGUUGUAGGGUAUGAAUACCACAGUCUCUAU